AAGUUUUGACAUUUUCCCCUAAAGAGUUCAAGCGUCGAAGCUACUGAGACCGGCAACAGGAAAAUCGAAAUAUCGGAACUCUCCAUUUUGAAGGUCACAACGAUGGCUUUUCGGCGAGCGUUGAAAAGGUUAUUACAAGAGAUCCCAAACCAGGGAUCACGAUGUUACUCCACAGAAGCCAGACAGAUGGUGACCAUGAUUCCCGGGGAUGGAAUCGGACCAGAAAUCUCCCAGUCUGUGAAGGAUAUCUUUAGUGCUGCAGGGGCCCCUGUUGAUUGGGAAGAUGUGGAUGUCACUCCUGUCAAAGGCCCCGAUGGGAAUUUCCGACUCCCUCCCAAGAUCUUCGAUUCCAUGGACAGAACAAAAGUUGGACUCAAAGGUCCCUUAGCCACACCAAUAGGAAAGGGACAUCAGUCCCUGAAUCUGGCCCUCAGAAAGGCCUUUAACCUGUAUGCCAAUGUCCGCCCCUGUAAGUCCAUAGAGGGAUACAAGACCCCGUACAAUGACGUAGACCUGGUCACCAUCAGAGAAAACACGGAGGGAGAGUACAGCGGUAUAGAACAUGUGAUAGUAGAUGGUGUGGUACAGAGCAUUAAGAAGAUUACAGAGGAGGCGUCGAUGAGAGUGGCCGAGUACGCGUUCGCGUAUGCUCGAGACAACAACCGAGAUACAGUCACGGCCGUCCACAAAGCCAACAUUAUGAAGAUGACAGACGGUUUAUUCCUGAAAUGCUGUAGACAUGUAGCUGAGCAAAACAAAGACAUCAAGUUUAAGGAGAUGUACCUAGACACUGUCUGUUUAAAUAUGGUCCAAGACCCGACUCAGUUUGAUGUUCUGGUGAUGCCCAAUCUGUAUGGAGACAUUUUAAGUGAUCUGUGUGCCGGACUGAUCGGCGGCCUUGGGGUGACACCUAGUGGUAACAUUGGCCAGGAUGGGGCUAUUUUUGAAUCGGUACAUGGAACCGCCCCAGACAUUGCGGGGGAGGACAAAGCUAACCCCACAGCCCUGCUGCUCAGUGCAGUCAUGAUGCUCCGCUAUAUGGGGCUCAGUCCCUAUGCCCAGCGCAUUGAGAUGGCCUGCUUUGAUGUGAUUCGAGAAGGAAGGGUGCUAACUGGUGACUUAGGAGGCUCGUCCAAGUGUUCAGAAUUCACUGAAGAAAUCUGUAGAAAAGUGCGCGAGUCGGAGUAAGCCAAGGACAGAGAAAUAGGAUUUAUUAAAUUAUUCACAUUGUAUUACAUACCAGUUAGAAACACUGUUUGUAAGAGGAUUGUUAAGAAGUCAGGUAAACUUGUUUAUCUGUCAGUAAAUUUUGUGAUUGUAC